AAAAAAACCAAAAAAUAGAAAACGAUCAACAAAGGCACCGUCUCCAUGUGUCUGCCACAACCCCUCUCUCUGCAAAGACCCAAUUUUCUCUCUCUAUAUAUUUGUCCUUCCCCCUCAUCCGGCACACCACUCGAGGCAGGCAGACCCUAGCAAAAGAUUUUUUUUUUCUCCAUUUCUAGCAAUCGUCACCCUUCCCAAUCAGUCCCAUACCUCCUUAUCCUCAAUCAUUUCGUAGGGAUUAGAUGUGAUUGUCGCUGUUUAUUGACCGAUCGCCAUGUAUAUAACCAGUGGCACCACAGCCCUUCUCAGGCGAGCUUCCUCUCAUUCUUCCUCCUCUUCGCGUGCCGGGAAAAGGGUCUUUUCCUCUCUCUCCGGUAAGCCAGCCCAGCCCCCUCCUCCGCCUGCUCGUGCAGGUGGCGAUUCGUGCGCCGUUGGGUUGAAGCAGCACCGAUCCCUGAGCUAUCUGACGCCGGCGCGGUGGAGCCACGGCUCUGAGUGGAAAUCGCCCGCGAGUCUCGCUGCCCAGAUCAGGAUCGCGUCGGGUUGUUCUAACAGCGUGUUGAGUCGCAAGAUCGCUACAAUGGCUUCCGAGAAUGCCUUCAAGGAAAUUUUCACCAGUCUUCCCAAGCCUGGUGGUGGUGAAUUUGGAAAGUUUUACAGUCUUACUGCUCUAAAAGAUCCGAGGAUAGAUAAGCUACCAUACUCUAUUAGAAUACUUCUUGAAUCCGCGAUACGUAACUGUGAUGGAUUCCAAGUGAAAAAGGAAGAUGUGGAGAAGAUUAUUGACUGGGAAAAAACUGCCCCAAAGCAAGUUGAAAUCCCUUUCAAACCUGCUCGCGUACUUCUUCAGGACUUUACUGGUGUGCCUGCUGUUGUUGACCUAGCCUGCAUGCGUGAUGCUAUGAACAAGCUUGGCAGUGAUUCUAACAAAAUCAAUCCAUUGGUUCCUGUCGAUCUAGUUGUUGAUCAUUCAGUUCAAGUGGACGUCGCAAGAUCAGAAAAUGCUGUUCAAGCAAAUAUGGAGCUUGAAUUCCAAAGAAACAAGGAAAGAUUUGCUUUCCUGAAGUGGGGAUCAAAUGCUUUCCAAAACAUGCUUGUUGUUCCUCCGGGCUCCGGUAUAGUGCACCAGGUCAAUCUUGAAUAUCUUGGACGGGUUGUCUUCAAUACUGAUGGUGUACUAUAUCCAGAUAGUGUGGUUGGGACCGACUCUCACACCACCAUGAUUGAUGGGCUCGGAGUUGCUGGUUGGGGAGUCGGAGGUAUUGAAGCUGAGGCAGCAAUGCUUGGUCAGCCUAUGAGCAUGGUAUUGCCUGGAGUUGUGGGAUUCAAAUUAUCAGGAAAACUUCGAGAUGGGGUCACUGCUACUGACUUGGUUUUAACUGUCACACAAAUGCUAAGGAAACAUGGUGUUGUGGGAAAAUUUGUCGAAUUUUAUGGUGGUGGUGUGGGAGAAAUCUCACUAGCUGAUAGAGCCACCAUUGCAAACAUGUCUCCUGAGUAUGGUGCCACUAUGGGUUUCUUCCCUGUAGAUCACGUCACUUUACAAUAUCUCAAAUUAACUGGCAGAAGUGAUGAGACUGUGGCGAUGAUAGAAGCUUAUCUUCGGGCAAACAAUAUGUUUGUGGACUACAGUGAGCCUCAACAAGAAAGAGUGUAUUCAUCUUACUUGCACCUGGACCUGGCUGAUGUGGAACCAUGCAUUUCCGGACCAAAGAGGCCUCAUGAUCGUGUUCCUUUGAGAGAAAUGAAAGCUGAUUGGCAUUCUUGCCUUGAUAGCAAAGUUGGGUUCAAGGGCUUUGCUGUGCCAAAAGAAGCGCAAGAAAAAGUAGCCAAGUUUUCAUUCCAUGGACAACCUGCCGAGCUUAAGCAUGGCAGUGUUGUAAUUGCUGCUAUCACAAGUUGCACAAAUACAUCAAACCCCAGUGUCAUGCUUGGUGCUGGCCUUGUGGCGAAAAAGGCUUGUGAGCUGGGUCUUCAGGUAAAACCGUGGAUAAAGACAAGUCUUGCUCCAGGCUCUGGAGUUGUUACGAAGUAUUUGCAGAAGAGUGGGCUACAGAAAUACUUGAACGAGCAAGGCUUUCAUAUUGUUGGAUAUGGAUGCACAACAUGCAUUGGAAAUUCUGGGGAUUUAGAUGAAUCAGUCGGGGCUGCUAUAUCAGAAAAUGACAUUGUUGCGGCUGCUGUACUUUCUGGAAAUCGGAACUUUGAGGGUCGUGUGCAUCCGUUGACAAGAGCAAACUAUCUUGCCUCACCUCCUCUAGUUGUUGCUUAUGCUCUUGCUGGAACGGUUGAUAUUGACUUUGAGAAGGAGCCAAUUGGUGUUGGCAAGGACGGUAAGGAAGUAUACUUCCGAGAUAUCUGGCCUUCAACUGAAGAAGUGGCUGAGAGCACAUACGAAGCUAUUACCAAGGGUAAUCCCAUGUGGAACCAGUUAUCUGUCCCCACGGCCAAACUAUACUCAUGGGAUCCAAAUUCUACUUACAUCCACGAACCACCGUAUUUCAAAAAUAUGACCAUGGAACCUCCUGGCCCGCAUGGAGUGAAAGAUGCCUACUGCUUGCUAAAUUUUGGCGAUAGUAUCACGACCGAUCACAUCUCGCCAGCUGGCAACAUCCACAAAGAUAGCCCGGCUGCCAAGUACCUGAUCGAGCGUGGAGUAGACCGCAAGGAUUUCAACUCCUAUGGCAGUCGACGUGGAAAUGAUGAAAUAAUGGCCAGAGGUACUUUUGCGAAUAUUCGUCUGGUGAACAAGUUGUUGAAUGGAGAAGUUGGCCCGAAGACUGUUCAUGUCCCUACAGGAGAAAAACUAUACGUAUUCGAUGCUGCAAUGAAAUACAAGUCUGAGGGGCAGGACACUAUUAUUUUGGCUGGAGCCGAGUAUGGAAGUGGAAGCUCCAGGGAUUGGGCUGCUAAGGGCCCAAUGUUGUUGGGUGUUAAAGCCGUGAUUGCCAAAAGCUUUGAGAGGAUCCACCGCAGCAAUCUCGUGGGGAUGGGCAUUAUUCCUCUGUGUUUCAAGUCUGGUGAGGAUGCGGACACAUUAGGGUUGACUGGUCAUGAACGUUACACCAUUGACCUCCCGAGCAAUAUUUCCAAAAUCCGCCCUGGCCAAGAUGUUACCGUGCGUACAAACACCGGAAAAGAAUUCACUUGCACUGUUCGCUUUGACACUGAGGUGGAGUUGGCGUACUUCAACAAUGGCGGUAUACUUCCAUAUGUUAUUCGACAGUUGACUAAGCAGUAGAGUUUCUUAAUCAAGAGAAGAAUGUGAGAAUAAAAUGCUCCACUAUUUUUACAUCCCAUCGAAAAUGCGGAUGUACAUUUUUAUCGUUUUCUUGAAAUAGGGCAAGCAAUUGCCGAGUCAUGAGCAGAGUAGUGCGUUUUCUUUCUGGAAAUAAGAUUCAGAUUUGGAGAUAUAUGCUUGAACUCUGAUGAUAUUAUGCGGCUGAUUUUAUUGUACGCACUUUGUUUAUUUUCGGGCCAUUGAUAUGAAAGUAUUACACUGCUGGUAUUUGGCAUAGUAUGAUUUUUGUUCAUU